UAUUCUGCCCUGGACCACAGAGCAUUCAGCGAGCAGAGGCAGGCGUACACAAAACCCACUUUUUCAAUACUCUUCUGAGAGGAAUUUCAAUCUGUUUUCACGGGAUAAUGUCUUUAAAAGUUAUCGACGUGUUUUGGUAGGAAACAGAGAGCGUGAAUUCCCGAAGAGGUUGUUUUAACGGGACGGCGCGGAGGAGAGUUUAUUGUAACUUUGUAAACUGAGUUUACAAAGCGUUUCCACACAACUAUGGCGCUCAGAGCGAGAGCUUUAUACGACUUUAUCUCUGAAAAUCCCGGCGAGAUAUCUGUGACAGAGAGUGAACUUCUAACUUUGAGUAGUGAAGAGGUUGUCGAUGGUUGGUUGGAGGGCACGAACAGCAGAGGUGAGACGGGACUCUUCCCUGCAUCAUACGUGGAGAUUAUAAGGACUGACACAUCACUACACGGUAACGGGACACCCGCCAGUCAGCACUAUUACUGCCAAACUAGUCCUCAGAGGAGGGAUACCUCAAAUGAAUCGACUCCCACUCAUUCCGCUGUUUACCAGGGACAUCUUCAGCAGCAGCGACACAGUUUUCAGACCAGUCAGGGAAGUGAUGAGGAUUGGGAUGAUGACUGGGAUGACAGCGGAACUGCGGAUGAACACGGAGGAACACCUGAAAAACGCGGGAAUGCUCAAGCGGGAUAUCCCAUGACAAGCACCUCAGCUUCUCGACGUGGUAGUGCACAACAGUCCAAAAGUACAGGAACAGUUGGGAAAAACCUCAAUAGGUUUUCAACCUUUGUAAAGUCAGGCGGUGAGGCGUUCGUUUUGGGUGAAGCUUCAGGUUUGGUCAGAGAUGGAGACAAAAUAUUUGUGGUUAUGGGCCAAUACGGUCCUGAAUGGCAAGAUAACCCAUAUCCAUUCACUUGCACUAUUGAUGAUCCUACAAAACAGACCAAAUUCAAAGGCAUGAAGAGCUAUAUGUCCUACGGACUCACGCCUAGUCAUACUCAAAACCAGGUGAAUAGAAGAUACAAGCACUUUGACUGGCUUUAUGCACGGCUUGUAGAAAAAUUCCCUGUCAUUUCGGUUCCUCAUUUGCCUGAGAAACAAGCCACGGGUCGAUUCGAAGAGGAUUUCAUUUCGAAGAGGAGGAAAGGUUUAAUAUGGUGGAUGAAUCACAUGACAAGUCAUCCUAUUUUAUCUAAGUGUGACGUUUUCCAGCAUUUUCUCACCUGCAGCAGCAACGACGAAAAAGCUUGGAAGCAAGGCAAGCGAAAAGCUGAGAAGGAUUACCUAGUCGGCGCUAACUUCUUCCUCACUAUCUGUCCUCCAGCUUUACCGCUGGACUUACAAGAGGUGGAAAGCAACGUGGAUGGUUUCAAAACGUUCACCAAAAAAAUGGACGAAAACAUCAUACAGCUCAAUGUCACUAUUAACGAAUUUGCCAGAAAGCAGAUCACUGGUUUUAAAAAGGAGUAUCAGAGAGUUGGACAGGCUUUCAGACUUCUAAGUCAGGCCUUUGAAUUCGACCAGCAAGUAUAUUCAGCUCCAUUAAACAAGGCCAUGGUGCACACUGGAGAAGUCUACGAGACCAUUGGGGAUUACUUUGCAGAGCAGCCCCGUCAGGAUUUGGAGCCAAUUUCCGAUCUUUUAGCGAUUUACCAGGGCCAUCUUGCAAACUUUCCAGACAUUAUCCAUGUUCAGAAAGGAGCCCUCACUAAGGCCAAGGAGAGCCAGAAACACGGGGAGGAAAAAGAUGGCAUUGCAGGUGGAGGCAUCCACGACCGCUGCAACAUCAUCUCCUGCGCUACGCUAGCUGAGAUCCAGCACUUUCAUCGCGUACGUGUGCGUGACUUCAAGGCACAGAUGCAGCAUUUCUUACAGCAGCAGAUCACCUUCUUUCAGAAAAUCACAGGCAAGUUGGAGGAAGCCUUGGACAUGUAUGACCAGGCUUAGGACGUUACAUUCCCACACUUUUGUGAGAGAACUGAAAUAAAACAAAUACGCAGCCUUUUUAUUAUAGACUCACGAAAGUACACUUACUGUCUUGUAGUAGUGUUUGGGGUGGCUUUGAGAACAAAAAAUGAUGACAACAUGUGCCAGAAAUUGACAAUGGUCCUUAAAAUGUAGAAUACUAUAUAAUCUGAUUAUACAUAACUUAAUCAGAAUUGAUUUGAGUUGAAACCCUUGAAACAUUACCACAAUUUUAAGUUUACAUUUUAAUCGGCUUAGUAGUUACAGUCGAUAUAAACAA